GACCGUGGGCCGCUCUGUGUUUCCUGGAGAGUCGUCAAUCAGGACCAGUAGACACGGUGAUUCUCGUGUUCUUCCUUCGUUGCCAAGAUAUUAAAUUCGAUUCUCUCUGUAAACCAGUAUACCAAAUUGGGAUUAGGGUUCUUCGUCUUGAAAGUUCUUAACCAUGGAUUUCCAAAAGAAGAGGGUUCAAUUUAUUCUCUUCAUUGCUGGCAUCAUCGCUCUAAGUUUUACAGCCGAAAAAUGUAGAGAACUGGUUGGGGAAGAGGCUUCUUCUCAAAGUGGUAAAUUUACGAUCUUCAACUGUUUCGACAUGGGUUCUGGCACACUCGCAUGUGCUGUGAAGGAGGGAGUGAAGCUGUAUGUCUACAACAUUAGAGCUGCUCACGUCGAGAAAGCAAGGCUUGUUGCAAUUGAGGCUUCAUUGGUUGAUGGAUUGUCACAGGGAAUGACUGCUAAAGAUGCAGCCAAACAGGCACAAAUUGAAGGGAAAAAGGCCGCGAAAUUGGCUACUCGGAAAGCUAAACGGAUUAUUGGUCCCAUAAUAUCUUCUGGAUGGGACUUCUUUGAAGCUAUGUACUAUGGUGGGACAGUGACUGAGGGGUUCCUCAGAGGCACUGGAACCUUGUUUGGUGCCUAUUCUGGUGGGUUCCUUGGAGAGCAAAGGCUUGGGAGGUUUGGUUAUCUUGUUGGAAGUGAGCUUGGCAGUUGGGUUGGAGGUCGAAUAGGGCUAAUGGUGUAUGACGUAGUCAAUGGAGUUCAUUAUUUGCUUCAGUUUGUUCAAGCAAUCGAUGGAGAAGUGCAUGAAACUCCGGUUUAUGAAAAAUCUGAAGCUUCUGAGGACUCCUACACUUAUGAAUCUCCCUCCUAUGAGAGCUCUGAAUCCUAUGAGACUUCGGAGUUCAGAAAGCUGCUACUCGGGGGAAGACCUGAAUUCAACUGAACCAUGUCCAGGGGCCCCAUCUUGCACUGCAUCAAUAUUUAGGAGCUUCGAGCUUCACUGCCAUGCAUGCUGUGCUAUUGAGCCAUCUUACUCAUUUGGGCAUAUUUAGCUGAACUUGAACAUUUGUUAUAUGGUCAGGGCCAGGCUGCUAGCUCUCAUGUUAUUGAACUACUACAGUGUAAGAUCAAGUGUGAGGAGGCCUGGUGAUGAAAUUAAUAGAAACCAAGAACCCCCUGCGUGUAUAUGUACAGUGCAGUAUUCAAACAUUGAUAAC